CGGCCUUCCCAUUGGUCUAACACAGGUGUACCGGCUCCUCCCCUUCAGUCUUGCACAGGUGUACCGGCUCUGCCCCUUCAGCCUUGCACAGGUGUACCGGCUCCUCCCCUUCAGUCUUGCACAGGUGUACUUGCUCCUCCCCUUCAGUCUUGCACAGUUGUAGCGGCUCCUCCCCUUCAGUCUUGCACAGGUGUAGCAGCUCCUCCCCUCCAGUCUUGCACAGGUGUACUGGCUCCUCCCCUUCAGUCUUGCACAGUUGUACCG